CGGUGCACACAGCAGGGACAGUUCAGGACACGAGUGGUCGGUGCACACACCGGGGACAGUUCAGAACACGGGUGGUCGGUGCACACAGUGGGGGCAGUUCAGAACACGGGUGGUCGGUGCACACAGCGGGAACAGUUCAGAACACGGGUGGUCGGUGCACACAGCGGGGACAGUUCAGAACACGGGUGGUCAGUGCGCACAACAGGGACAGUUCAGGACACAGGUGGUCAGUGCACACAACAGGGACAGUUCAGGACACGGGUGGUAGGUGCACACAGCGGGAACUGUUCAGAACACGGGUGGUCGGUGCAUACAGCGGGGACAGUUCAGGACACUCACGGUAAGCAGCUUGCAGACCCUCAGCGG